AGCAAUAACACUAUUCACCAACUCAUGCCGACUGUUCGUAAACUCGUAGCGGCGCGCCAACAGGAGAACAGAAAUUUCCUGUCAGUCGAAAUGCAUUAUGGGUAGAAGCUGGGAAAGAAUAGUAACGAACAUAAGAGCGGAGAGGCGUGGCCACAGCUAGAGCCGGAAUGGCAGUGACGCGGCGCCAGCUUCACUCGUCGCACUGAUUCAUCUUUAACGCUGCUUACUGUAGCUAACCAGCUAGCUGGCUAGCUGGAGAAGGAACUACCAAAGAGCCGGGCUGUAGUUGAAUAUGGCUGAAGUUGAGCAACACGAAGGGGAGCAGGACCUCGAAAAGAAAAUAGAGGAGACGAGACAGAGAUUCAAGAAUGAGUUUCUCCAAGAUUCAACAGAGAAAUACGACGCCAGAGACUUGGAUCGGCUCCAGACAGAAGAUUCUGUGGUGGAGAGCUACCUGGCGUGGAGACUUUAUGUUGUUGAUGAUACCUUGAAAAUGAUUGAUGAAAGUUUACAGUGGAGAAAGGAGUUUGGCGUGAAUGAUCUCACUGAGGGUUCCAUUCCCAGAUGGAUGUUUGAGACUGGUGCUGUCUACCUCCAUGGCUAUGACAAAGAGGGCAACAAGCUCUUCUGGUUCAAUGUGAGGCUGCACGUGAAGGAUGCAAAAACAGCCAUGGACAAGAAGAAGUAUGUUGCCUUCUGGCUGGAGCGAUAUGCAAAGAAAGAACCUGGGUUGCCACUUACUGUUAUGUUUGACAUGACAGAUUCUGGAAUCAGCAAUAUAGACAUGGACUUUGUGAAGUAUGUCAUUAAUUGCUUCAAAGUAUACUAUCCAAAGUUUUUAUCCAAAAUGAUCAUCGUGGAAAUGCCUUGGAUCAUGAAUGCUGCAUGGAAGAUUGUGAAGUCAUGGUUAGGCCCUGAAGCAAUCAGCAAACUAAAGUUUGCAUCCAAAUCUGAGGUCCAGACAUUCAUAGGAAGUGAAUACUUGCCACCUCAUCUGGGUGGAACGGAUCCCUUCAAGUAUAGCUACCCACCCCUUCCUGAUGAUGACUUCCAAACACCUAUCAGUGACAAUGGACCUAUUGUUAGUGAGGAUGACGCUGAGAGCAAAGAUGGUGAACUGGAGAGCAGGGAUGCCCUUGAGUCCAGCUUCAGCUCCGAGGUUGCAGUGAAGCCCAAAAAGGUGAACUUUCAGGAAGAAAGUGUGAGAGCAGAGGACGGUGACAAAGGAGACACAAGUGUUAGGACCAGAGGAGCCAGGAAGCCAGUGACCACGUUUAAAGGCGUUUUGCUAGAUGUCAGUCCUGCAGAGGAGCUUAGCUUUGGUUCUGGAGAGACGGAGAAACGAAGCCUCAUUAUUCUGAACAAUGUGACCAAAAAUCAAGUAGCCUUUAAGGUACGGACCACUGCACCGGAGAAGUACAGAGUGAAGCCCAGUAGCAGCUGCUGUGAGCCAGGAGCGUCAGUAGAGAUAGUGGUGUCCUUGCAUGGAGGUUGUCAAGUGUCACCGCAGGACAGAUUUUUGAUUAUGGCUGCAGAGAUGGAAAAUGUCAGCUCUCAGGAACUUGCCCAGUUCUGGAAAGACGUACCAAAAAUUAAGAUCAUGGAACACAGAUUGCGCUGUCAUGCUCUGGAGAGCAAUAAAACAGCAUCGAGUCCUCUCAAGAACAGCCCUCCAGAUACAAGCAUCAGUGGGCAGCAGGAUUUAGACACAGUGCUCUCACGGUUGUCAACAUGCAACUUACGGCUGGAGCAGAAGCUGAACAUGUGUCUGUGGGUGCAGAAGGUUCUCGUUGGACUGGUGCUUAUCCUCGUGGUGCUAAAUCUACUGUGUCUCUACCUUCUGGGUACCUCCCAGCGGCCAUCUUGAGCUGCUCCAGCGUCCUUCCUGUGCAUCUGUCCACUACAGACACCUCCAUCGGAACCACAGUUGACCACCUGAGGCAUGGUCGUCCUGCGGUCUCCCUUUCCCCGCCCUCCGUACAGGCUGCUGCCAAGAAGAGGGCGAGAACUGACUUUAGGGACAUGUGAGUUGUUGUGGAGCUAAUAUAUGAAGAGACUGUACUUGGCUCUUUUCAGGCACUUUUAUCUGUGACGUCAAGUUAUUCAUGUAUUUUUAAGAGAAAUCAAGAAAAAGUCGCAUUAUGUAGGACAAAUUAGUUAUUUUUUUCAUCAUAAUGUAACUUUUUAUAAUAUAUAAUUCUACAGAACUUAAAAAUAAACACAUUUUCAAUUUUU